AUGCAAGACACGCAAGUGACGAUCUCUGAGUUCCAGCGCUCUGUCGCGGUUGCCCUCGCCGCCGUCCAGCACGGCUUCGAGGAGGAGUAUCUCGAGCCGCGCACCGGCUACUCGCUCGACCUGGUGCUGCCCUCGUCACGCGUCGCGGUUGAGGUGGACGGCCCCUCUCACUUCCUGCUGCCCGACGGCCGGGGCGUGCGCAAGCCCAACGGGUCCACGCUGCUCAAGCGGCGCCUCCUCGUGGCCAGCUCGUGGCGGCUGGCUGCAGGCGAGGAGCGCAGCUUUAGCGAAGACAUGCAGAGCGGUCUCUUCGACAUACAGAUGCUCGCUUCGUUGUACUGA